AUGUUGUACGCAAAGAAGCUGAGAAUUGUGACUGCUUACAAGAGCUCUAAAUCUGGGUAUAAUUGCAAGGAAUUGAUUGAGGCUAUAAUUUUGUUGCUUAAGCUUGCUGUGUUCCGGCCCCACAUCCUCAUUGAUGUAAGUCAUAUAGACAUUACAACAACUGUCUUGGGUUUCAAGAUUCCCAUGCCAAUCAUGAUUGCUCUUUCAGUUAUGCAAAAAAGGCUCACCCCGAAGACUAAUGCAAGUCAUUCUAAAAGUAUCCUUAAUAUGCAAUUUGGUAUUGUUACUGCUACUCUUGUUUUCAGGAUAGCUGGAGAAUUUGCAACAGCACUGGCAACAUCUGCUGCUGGCACAAUUAUGGCAUUGUCUACAAUGGCCACAUCUAACGUUCAAGAAGUUGCCUCAACUGGACCAGGAAUUCGAUUUUUCCAGCUUUAUGCAACUAAGAAUUAG